AUGAGCCGGCUGGGCAAAUGGAGUGCGGGGCUGCUGAUUGGCUGCUAUCUGUCGGUACUGGCUGCCGGAAUCGUAGCGCACGCCCUGAAGGUGGGGAUCAACGGCAACACGCUGAGCUACUACUUCGUCUGGGAUAUGUUCUGCGGCUGGCAGGCCUAUGACCAGCGGACGCAUCUCAUCGCGGAAUCCAGCUCCGGACGUUACUAUGAAGUCCGUGAACCGUGGGGCGAAUUUCAGCCGUUCAGCAACCUCGGACGGUACCAGUACGAUGUUUUUAGCCACAUGAUGUCCAAACAGAUCAACCACAUCCUCACUCACACAUCCCACGAACCGAUUGACAGCGUCUAUGUCGUGCAGGAAGUCUGGCCGAAGCAGUACAACCUGCCGGAAUCACUCUGGGAAGAACACUUCGGUGGGGAGCGUGACAGGCUUUCCUACUUCCACCUGCGAGCUGUCUGCAGAGAUGACGGCACACUGGUGACUCUGCAUCACGACUGGACGAACCAGCAGCGACUCAAUGCCGUCGCGGACAAUCCACGUCUGCGUCAGGAAGCCCGGCAGGCACAAUCCAGCUUUGGCUCCUGGUACACUCCAAAGCUGCAUUCAUCAGGACAGGAACGUCACGAGUCGGUGAUGGUUCCGUUCGGAGCUGCUCUGACUCGCAUGUUUCUGCCUGUGAUGGCGAUGCUGCCGAUGCUCAUGCGCUUCCCGCGCGUCCGCGAACUGUACUCCACAGACGGUACUCCGGUGCAGAUGUUUGAGCUGUACGGUAAUGGACCGGUCCUCCCGAUCCUGCCGCCAGGAGCAGCCACCAUGCUGUACUCACUGAUGGUCUUCUGCCUGUUCUGCGGUGUCAUCGGCUGGAGAACCCGCACGUCGCUGGCCGUCGGCACAAUCCUGUACACCUACUUCAACCUGCUGGAUGGCGUGGGCACCAUGACGAAGUACAGCGUCAUUGCCAAUCACCUCCUGGUCCUGCUGACUGUUUCCUCCUGUGGCAAACUGUGGUCAGUGGAUGAGUGGCUGAGGAAGCGACGGACCGGUGAAGUCACAUCGCUGCCUCGCGCGUAUCCUGUGUGGCCGGUGAGGCUGAUGCAAUUGCUGUUCGCCUUCAUUUACUUCGGUGCCGCCAUCACCAAGAUUCAGACAGAAGCCUUCUUCAGUGGGGAGCAGAUGCGUUCGUGGAUGCUCAGCAACUGGAAUUACGAGAAUCCAGUGGGCGAACUGGUUGCCAUGUGGUCACCGGUCCUGCUGGUGAGUGCCUACAUUACGGUUGUUUGGGAGAUUCUGUUCGGUUUCCUUGUCUGGAAUCCUCGCCUGCGUCUGGUGAUGCUGGGCGUCGGAGCAGCAUUUCACUUUGGCACCUGGCUGCUGCUGGGUCUGUAUAUCUUUCCUGCCAUCUGCCUGUCCGGAUACCUGUGUUUUACCCAACCACAGGAUGUCCUGCGCGUGCGACGCUGGUUCCGAUCCCUGAAGUUCACGUCCCCUCUGCGAGGUCGCAUUCGCAUUCCAGUGCCCGCGCUGCUGCCCGCCGGGAUGGUCUGGGCGAUCUGCGGCGGCCUCUUUGCACUCACGGCCCUCGAAGCAGAAGUUCGCUCCGACCUCUACGGAAUGAACAGCGAUUCCGGCCCGCUGCCGCUCCAGGAAAUAGACCGCGCUCAGGCCAUGCACAUGAUCGGAUCCGAGACACCACUGCGGGAAAAGGACAAGUUCUUUUCGUUUCACCUGGGAAGUCUUGCCAUCGGAGGACAACUGGCGAAUCGCCGGGAAGACUUUGAAUACGGCGAGACGCUGCUGGCCGAGUGCAAUCUGAAUCCCCCUCAUGAAGACAUGUGGGUCGAAUGUGUGCUGGAAGACGCCGACCACCAUGCCAUCGACACCGUCGGCCAGGUGCUCACCCGAGAAAUGCUGCGAGGACAGUUCAUCUACCGACUCGGCAACCGAUUGUCUCCAGGCAGCUACUUCAUGGUACUGCGCAGUGCCGGACAGGAAAUCAGCCGCCGUUCGUUCACUCUGUCGGGUGAACCAUGCCAACUCGAACCCGGCGUGUUCGGCAACUAG